UUUGUCGUCUGCCCGAGAGUUGGACUGGAUCGUUUUUCUCUCUUGUUUAUGUUUGCUCUGCUGCUUUGUAGUUCCGACCCUCGGCCUGAGUGUGGUGGCGGAAGGCGAUGCAGCCAUGGAGAGAACCAGCGACCUCUCCCUGCGCUGUGACGUCAGCGAGGUGGGUGCGGACGAUGAGCUGGUGAGGGUGAUGUGGUUCUACACGGACCGCCCCCACGGCGGGUAUGUCGAGAUCUUCAGUGCCGACCUGACCUCAGACUCACCCUCCUACCUCUUCUCUUCACGGUGGACCGGUCGAGCCGUGUUUGAACCGGCCGGCAUCGGCAACAUCCGGCUGCCGGCCGCCCACGUCACGAAAGAGUUUGCAGGAGACUACAGGUGCCAGGUAAAUUCCCUGAUGUCCAGCGGCUACUCUGACGUCAGUAUUGACGUGUUGUAUGGGCCAGGCACCAGCAUCGUCAUCACGCCCGGGGGUCGGGUGGAGCGGCAGGAGAAGGAAGAUCUGGCACUGUCUUGUAGCGCCCAGUGUAAUCCUGCCUGCACUUACAGGUGGUACAAGGCAGGUCGUAAACUGGCAGGUCAGGCGGUGCUAGAGAUGACGUCACUGAGCCGACAGAACGCCGGCCUGUACGCCUGUCAGGCGAGGAAUGAGGUGGGGAGGAGCAUAAAGCCAGUGGAGCUGCGAGUCUUCUUCCCCGCCACCAUCGUGGCCAUGAACGUGACGGGCGAGGGGGACUGGAACACCGCCCACAACGUCAGCUCCACCAGACACAACCUGCUGCUGACCUGCGAAGUUCAAGGCUGGCCAGAGGUCACCGUCCAGUGGCUGAAGAACGGUGUUCAUCCUCUCAACACCAGCGCCACCUUACAGGCAGACGUCAACCACAGGCUGAGCAGCUUCGAGAUCAGGUCAGCCACGUGUCUAGACAGUGGUGAGUACUCAUGCAAAGCCUGGAACGGGGUGGGCGAGUCGUCUGCUAAAACCGCCAUUUUGGACAUGGGUUGCGCGCCCUUUGAGAUCAGCCAUCUUAGCUCCUGCCAGACAGGACCGGAAGUUGAAAUGAUAAAAAGUCUCAACGACAUAGCCAAGCUCCAGGUCUGCAUGGCUUCGAACCCCAGCCCUGUGGUCAGGCUGGAGCAUAGCGGCAAGAAGAUCAUGCAAGACGUGGAGGUCACGUGUGACGGCAAGCGAUGCGUGGCCGUGCUGGAGCUAAACUUGACCUCGCCAGAUGACUACGGCGAGUACCUGGCCCACGUCUCCAACAUCCACGGCGUCUGGGAGAAAACUUUUCGCCUGGUUUCCCGCCCGUGGCCGCCCCCAGACCUCAAGCUGCUCAACGUCUCGCAGGGCGCCGCCUGCUUCCGCUGGCGCCCCGGCUUCAAUGGCGGCGCUACCCAGACGUUCUCCCUGCGGUACAGGGCAAUGCCGCCCCGGGACAGCGACAAGGUCAAGGUCAAGGAGAAUGGGGUCGUGACCGUGGAGGAAAACGAUGACGUCAUCAAGGAGUCGGGCGAGUACACAGCGUGCGUGGACGACCUUGACCCUUAUGUUGAGUACGAGGUGACCUUGACCUCGUCCAACAAGUUCGGCGUGUCCGAGGCGUCUAAGCUGCUCCGAUUCCAGACACUGCGUGACGUCAGAGUUUCCCCGCCCCGCCCCCCAGCCCACGACAGGAGUCUAGACCUGCUCGCUGACGCCGCGAACAUCAUCCUCAAGACGACGCGAACAACGGCGUCAGCGGACAUCCCCCGCGUCAUGUCGACUCCGCCCACCACCACAGAUGACGAUGAAGACGAUGACGACGAGCCCCCAGAAGACGAGAGCGAGGAUCUCUUGAAGCUGUUUGGACCGUUCCUGACCAUCGACCAGCUGAAGGCGGUCAACGGCUCGGCCGGCGCUCACCAGUUCUCUAACUACUCACACAACCUGCAGAGGCUGCUCACAAACGUGGCUCGUGCACAGGACCACGCCCCCAACUCCCUGGGUCAGUUCAACCUCCCCUCCCCCACUCGCCCAGGCAGACGUCACAGCCACGUGACGACCUCGCUGGUGACGACAUCAGUAGCAGACGCCGACCCCAUCUCGGGUUUCGUGACGUCAGUAACCGUGUCCGUCACGGCCGUGGCGACGCUAUUCAUCAUCGGCAUCGUCAUAGCCUUGACCUGUAUGACCUACGUCAGACGGAAGCGUCGCCUGCAGCGGUGCCAGGAGCGGUACCGGCACCGGAUGAAGCUCAACAAGUUCCCCAUCAGAGCCGUGGCGUUUCCGGUUCUCCGGUCACAGUUCCCCAACAGGCGCACGCUGGCACCGGAAGUUAAAUUGGACGACCAGCACAAGCUGUCCUCGUUCACGUGCGCCUGCAAAGACAGCGCCUUGCUAACCUCUCUGCCGUCACUACGGCCGCGGCUCUCUAGCCCCGACAUGCGGGCGUCUAGAGCCGAGUCAGGCUCACCAUCGACCAGCGCCCAAUCCUCGCCCGGCCCUGACCUCCCCGGGCCGGACGACAGCCGGAUCUCUUGCCCGUCCUACACAGACCUGUACCCCAGCCAGGGCACCCAGAAGAAAAUCUCAGCGGUGGAGCGGCUGCCCCAGACGACCUAUUCGUGUCUGCACCAGACAGAUCUCAAGCAAAUCAACGAAAAUGACGCGUACGAAUCGACCAAAUACCUUGACCUUUACGAGACACUCUCCUCACGGUCAAGGUCGAGGUCACCCUCCAAUGUUUAUGACCCUCUGGACUUUGAAUGUGAAACGAGCGUGCAACGUCCGGUCUCUGACGUGUCUCUCGUGGCAAACCCCAAGGUCAAGGCCAAGAAAAACGAGGGCAAGUCAAGGUUAAGGCGGCACAACGCCCGGGAUCUGCCGCUCCGUCGUCCCAAGUUCAAGGAGCUCGGCAAGGCUAACGGCAAGGCUAACGGCAAGAAGGCGCCGAAAGCCCAGAGCGGCCGUCUGGUCGAUCUGAAAGCGCUGAGGUUCCGGCGAGGUUCUCCGGCCUCCGGCUCCCGGGUGGUGCCGGAACUCGAGCUACCCAGCCGGGCGCCGUGCUACGCCAACGCCAUCGCCGUACAGCAGCUGGCCGGCCGGCACAGCUACGCCAACAUCCAACUCGACCAGGAGCCGGUCCUUAUGCGGCUCUCUGCUGGCUCCAAUAGAGCCGUCUCCGGAGACCGGCGGGGCAGCCGUACCGGCAGCAUGCAGGAGCCGUUCUACACCGACAUCGACUCGUGCCUGCACGAGAAGCUGUACAUGGACAUGAAGACCAAGUACAACCCUUUGUUCGGGAUCUCCAACACCGCCGAACUCUUUUCUUCAUCGGAUUCUUUAUGUACUAGAGGGCCGGAAAAUUCCGGUUUGUCCUCAAAAUAUGCACCCAGUGUGAUAACUAAAGGGAGUGUGAAAAGUUGCGGUGUGGACUACAACUACGGCUACAAUGACUACCUCGUCCCGUUCGUUCGCCUGGACGCCAUGAAGAAAGUGCGGGGAGCGAGGGGCAGUGUCAAGGACGGCAAACCUCCGCCACCACAGCGAGGCUCGUCCACCAAACGUACCAGCGACUCGGUCUACAGCAACCAGAUGGUCGCCAACCUCGCCACACGGCACAGCGCGACCGUUCAGGGGGACGCCGGCAGCCGGAGGUCAGAGGUUGCCAUGGUUGGCCAGAGGGUCAACCGGUGGUCCGAUGUGGGCCAGGGUGGUCCACAGCGCCCCAAGAGCUCAGUGGCGGCCUAUAUGGUGACCGACUGCGUCAAGCUGAGCGGCACUGGUGACGCGGCGUCGACAGAUGCGAGUCAUGACUCAGUCGCGCACAACGAACUUGCUAACAUUUAUGAUGACGUCAUCAUGCCCUACACUGUCUAG